UAAAAUCCAAGUUGUUUAUCAUAUAUAUAUAUGUUCUCUCUUUUCAUCUUUAUGUGAAAGAAAGAUGGUUUGAUUAUCAAACAACCCUAAAGUUAUCUUGAUUUCAUACCUCUUUACAUAUCUCUUCAAGUGGGAUUUUAAUUCUCUCAAAUUUCAACACCAAUCACACACACACACACACAUAGAUACAUAUAUUAUGUGUGACAACAACAACAACAAAGAGAAUGAAGAAAACAUCCAUAUCUUAACUGACAACAUUGAGGGUUUCCAAAUUCAGGAUCAAAAUCUCAACACUAGCCCUCCAAAUAUGCAGCACCAGAACAACACUAACACAGAUGCAUACUUCUACGGUCUAAAUGGAGCUGCCGACGUCUCACAGAUCCUACCGUGGACCCUCAACCCGGUCCACGACCCCUUCCUCCUCCCACCGCAGGCCGCCGGCAGCGGCCUCUUCGGCCGGGGACUGCAGUACGGAUACGACGGUGACCACCACCUGAGGUUCCUCACGGAGUCGUUCAGCCAGGUGGUGCAUCCCGGCGGCGGCGGCGUCCCUUUCAACCUCCACGCCGAGCUCCAGAAGAUGACAGAGCAGGAAAUCAUGGAUGCGAAAGCCCUAGCAGCGUCCAAGUGCCACAGCGAGGCUGAGAGAAGAAGAAGAGAGAGAAUAAACAACCAUCUUGCUAAGCUUCGGAGCUUGCUCCCUAGCACCACCAAAACAGACAAAGCCUCAUUGCUGGCAGAAGUGAUCCAGCACGUGAAGGAGCUGAAGCGGCAAACCUCCCUCAUCGCGGAGACGAGUCCGGUCCCUACCGAGACAGACGAGGUGAAGGUGGAUAACGAGGCGGACGACGAGGGUAGAGCGGUGAUCAAAGCGUCCAUAUGCUGCGAGGAUCGGUCUGAUCUGUUGCCGGAUCUUAUCAAGACGUUGAAAGCCCUCCGCCUGCGAACGCUCAAAGCGGAGAUCACCACGCUCGGUGGAAUGGUUAAGAAUGUGCUCUUCUUAACCGGAGAUGAUGAAUCUGAGCAGCAGCAGCACUCCGUGAGCUCCAUCCAAGAAGCGCUUAGAGCAGUGAUGGACAAAACUAGUGAUCAAUCCGGUUCAGGGAGUGCGAAGAGGCAGAGAACCAAUAUCAAUAUUCUUGAACAAGCUUCUCUUUGAAUUCGCAUUUUAUAUAUGACCUAAUUUAAUCUGUCUUUAUUGGAGGUUUUUUUACCUGACACGUGCAGCGCCACCGUAUGCCGGUUUCCUCCGCCGCGAGGGGAAGUUCUCCAUGGUGGGAAUGUAUAUAGGCCAAAUCAUUGGUAAAUUUCUCUUUUUUGGGUGUUGAAGGUUUGGAUUAAGUGGUGGUUGAGUAUAUAGGUAUGUUGACUUGGGCUUUAGAUCAUCCACAACCGUGCUCUUGCCAGCGGCACGGAGAUUAAGAAAUUGGGUUGAAUAGAUUAUAUGAAAGUAAAAUAAAAUAAGAAAGAGAAAAAAGUAGGAGAGAUAAAGAUAAAAUAAAGUAAGAGUGAUUGGAUGUUUUGUUUUUUUGUCAAAAAAGGAGAAAUGACUCAACUUUAUUGGGACGUCUCAAAAAGUAAUACUACGACUCAACUUAGUUAGGACGAAGAGAGCAGCGGCGGAUGCAGGUGAGGUCGCGCGGGGUCGGCCGACCCCACCGCCAUCCCCGGAGAACCGCCGGAAGAAUCCUCCCAACAGCCCCCGACCCCACGGCAUCCGGAACUCCGCCCCACGAUUCAUCCUCGGACCUCAAGCAGCGCAGCUUUUCCCUUCUUUUUAUGUAUUUGGCUUAGAUUGGGGCUUUUUAUUAAUUAAAAAAAUACAGUCAAUACUUUUCUUUUUAACAAUUUUAUCUUUAUAUAAGUGUUUAAACUUUAUUUAUAAAUAAGAAUUCUCGGUUUCUAGUUUA